AUGCUCGCCGCAUCUCCCGCCCCGGCUGCCGCAUUAGCGGGCGGCCUUCAGGCCGCCUGCCCGCAGCAUGGGGGCGCGCGGGGAGGAGCGCGGGCGGGCACAGGCUGGUUGGCGGGCGGAGAGCUGAGAGGCGCGCUUACUCACAGCGCGGCGCACAGCGGACUCUCCGCGCCGUGCUGGCGGAAAGCGCCUCUUGGAGCGGCGAAAGGGGGCGCUGUUGUGUGCUCCGCGGCUGCUAAGCCCGCCUUUGGACGGCAGAUGCUGGUGAUGGUGCCGCCACACCCGCUGAUCAAGCACUGGAUCGCCAUCCUGCGCAAUGCCACCUCGCCACCGCCCAUCUUCCGGGCCGCACUGGCAGAGCUGGGUCGCAACAUUGCUUAUGAAGCUACUCGUGAUUGGCUGCCGAUGAUUCAGGGCGAGGUGGCCACGCCCUGCGGUGUUGCUGAGGUGGAGGCCGUCGACCCCUCCCAGCCAAUCGCGAUCAUUCCAGUGCUGAGGGCGGGGGCAGUCAUGGCAGAGCAGAUGGGGCCAGUCAUUCCCCACACCAUCACCUACCACCUCGGCUAUGUGCGGGACGAGACCACGCUCCAGCCAACUCUCUACCUCAACAAGCUGCCCAGGGCGUUCAACCCCGAGGCACGGAUCAUCAUCGUCGAUGCCAUGCUCGCCACCGGUGGCACGAUGAUGGCAACGAUGGAGGAGGUGGUGGGGCGAGGAGCCAACCCCGACAACAUCCGCAUCAUAUCGGCCAUAGUGGCAUCUCCAGCACUCAAGCGCCUUAGUGAGAAGUACAAAGGGCUGCGAGUGUACACGGGGAUGAUCGAUGCUGACGUCAAUGACCAAGGGUUCAUUGUACCUGGACUUGGCGAUGCUGGGGACAGGAGCUUUGGCACCUUGUAG